GCCGAGCGAAGGUGGGGGAAGCUGAGGGGAAUUCGGUAAUGGCGACAGGGCUGUCAGAUAACCUGGAGCAUCCUAACAUGGUGUGGGAAGUGAAGACAAAUCAGAUGCCGAAUGCAGUACAGAAACUCCUAUUGGUUGUGGACAAGAGGACUUCAGGGAUGAAUGAGUCAUUGGAGUUGCUGAAGUGCAAUGAGAACCUGCCAUCUUCUCCUGGAUAUGCAUCCUGUGAUGAACAUAUGGAGCUCGACGAUCUUCCUGAACUACAGGCUGUUCAGACUGAUUCCACCCCAAAUGCGCUCUUCCAGCUUAGUGCAGAUGUUUCACAUCAAGAAUAUUCAAGGCCUUCAUGGAACCAACAUACCUCAAAUGAAAAUUCAGAAAGUGCUUAUUCUUGUGAGAAUGGGGUGAACUGGUUGACAGAACUGGCAAACAUAGCCACGAGUCCACAGAGUCCUCUUAUGCAGUGCUCUUUUUAUAACAGAUCAUCUCCUGUUCACAUAAUAGCUACAAGCAAAAGUUUACAUUCCUAUGCACGUCCUCCACCAGGAUCCUCAGAGAGUGAUCCUGGCUUCUCUAAGCAUCACUUGGAUGAAACACCAGUCAGACAUGAACGGGCAAAUAGUGAAUCAGAGUCUGGCAUUUUUUGCAUGUCAUCCCUGUCAGACGAUGAUGAUCUAGGAUGGUGCCAUUCAUGGCCGUCAACUGUUUGGCACUGUUUUUUAAAAGGCACACGUUUAUGCUUUCACAAAGGGCGCAAUAAAGAGUGGCAGGAUGUUGAAGAUUUUGCUAGAUCUGAAGGCUGUUCAAAUGAGGAAGAACUUCCAAUGCAUACUUACAAGGGCUAUGGUUCUGAUGGUUUGAAGUUGAUAUCUCAUGAAGAAAGUGUUUCAUUUGGUGAGUCUGUACUGAAGUUGACUUUUGAUCCUGGCACAGUAGAAGAUGGUUUGCUUACAGUAGAGUGCAGAUUGGAUCACCCUUUCUAUAUUAAAAAUAAAGGCUGGUCAUCGUUUUAUCCAAGCUUGACUGUGGUUCAGCAUGGCAUUCCAUGCUAUGAAAUACAUAUUGGAGACUUGUGUCUACCUCCUGGACACCCUGAUGCCAUUAACUUUGAUGAUUCAGGUGUUUUUGAUACAUUUAAAAGUUACGAUUUUACACCAAUGGAUUCUUCUGCAGUUUAUGUGUUAAGUAGCAUGGCUCGUCAGCGUCGUGCUUCUUUAUCUUGUGGAGGAUCAGGUAGUCAAGACUCAGAGAGAUCAGAAUGCAGUAAGAACUGUGUGUCGUCUGGAUCAUCACAGCUUUCCUCCAAUUCUUUGUAUAGCAAAGCUGGCAAAAGUCACAGCUCAGGGACUGCAAGUACUGUGAGUGCCACUUCUCCUAACAAGUGCAAAAGACCAAUGAAUGCCUUCAUGCUUUUUGCCAAAAAGUACAGAGUUGAAUAUACUCAGAUGUAUCCAGGGAAAGAUAACAGAGCCAUAAGUGUGAUACUUGGUGACAGGUGGAAGAAAAUGAAAAACGAAGAAAGACGGAUGUACACGUUGGAAGCCAAGGCUUUGGCUGAGGAACAGAAACGUUUAAAUCCUGACUGUUGGAAACGGAAACGAACAAAUUCCGGUUCACAACAACAUUAAGCCAAAACGUCACCAUUCUUAACUGCAUUUACAAAAUGGCUUUGACACUUGAUGGAGAAAAAGCUUAAGAUCAGGGUCUCUCCAUUUGUCGUGAAUUUGUGCGACCACGGAAUACUGGCAUUAUCACAUCGGAAAAUGAUUUAAUGAGUGAGGAUUUGCUUUCUACAAUAGAGCAUUAAGUAAGCUAAAACUAUCAACAUUUUAAACCAAAUUGCCUUAUUUUUCUUCCAAACUUCAUGUAUGUCUAUCAGGUAACAUAGGCUUGAAAAUGGACAUCCUGUGGUGCUAAAGUAUAUUAGGAAGAGGAGGAGAUGUGUAUAAAUAUUCUAUUUUUUGAAACAAUGUACAAAAAGGGGAAUUUUAAAAUAUGUAACAGCUGUUUAUACAUUGAUUCUUAUUGCUGAUUGAUAUGUAUUGCACAGACCAUGUCAUUAAUUAUGAUUCUGGGAGCUGGGAUUUUCUGAGACGGCAAAAUGCAUUUUUACCAAACUGUCGACUCCCAGUCUGCCCUGUGCCAGCAAGUGACUGAAUACGUGGGAAGUGGACAGCGUAGUGUCAUGUCACAUGGGAGUUGCUUGUUGGGGUGCCACAUGUCAAAUUUAUAUCUACAGUGAGAUAUUUUUGCACCAGCUGGCAAUGUGUGAGCUGUUAUUUCCAGUGGAGGUAAUGGCCCAGGCUGCGAUGAAAUGCUUUAUCUCCAGAACAUGGUGCUACUGAUAAUUGGCUCCUUAUGCUUCUACCUUUUGUGUUUUGUCUCCUCGGCCACAUAUUCUAAGAUGAUAUUUUAUUUUGCCAUAUGACAUCUUCAUGGUGGGGGCAAACUUUGCACUUAACUGUAGGUGCAACACUUGCACUUUACUUUUUUUCCUCCAACUGUCUAAAAUUAGAGCAGAUGCAUUAGAAUUACAACUGCUUUUGCUGUGAACAUUUACAAUCAUGGCUUUUCUUGUUACUAAAUAAACUGUGUUUCUUUUUUUUUAAGAAUCACAACUGUAAACUAAGUUCAGUUCGUGACACACAUCUACAUGAUGUUGCCCCCAAGAUUUUUUGCACACUAUAUUCUUGUAUAUUAUUUCAAAUAAAUGUGUAAAACUU